GUUUGUUCGUGCUGGGCCAUACUGAUUCACUUCGUCGCAUUAACUUCUGGAACCGAGUGUUGGCCUGGGCCGAAGAACGCCACGCCGUGGUACCUGCUGCUCAACUGGACCAGUAUCUUCCUCCUGGACAACGGGCGUGACCGACGAUACGAAGCCUCGAGGAGUCGCUCCUUCGCCCCGACACCGACCGGCCGUCCUACUGUACCCCUCCUCGUCUCCGGCUGAUGCUGUUCCGAUCCAGUAC